GAGUCACCUGGGGAGGCCGACAAGUGCGGACACAUUGGCCGCCGCGGUGCUCGGCGAGGCGCGCACGGCCUCAGGCGGCUGCGCCCAGUGGAGGCUGCACCCGCCCGCCAGCCGCGCCCCGGCCCCUGGCCCGCGCUUGCAGGGGCCCACGGUCGCUCAACAGGGCUUCGAGGUUGCGGCACCCAGCCUGGGUCACUUCCCCGGGCGCACGCGGCGGCGGCGGCGGCGGCAUCCCGCGCUCACCAUGGUGGCAGCGCGCGCCGAGUGCCCGCGGGUCGCCCGCCGCCCGAGCCGCAGCGCUGGUUGAGCGCGAUCUGCCCGCAGCCCCCUGGCCCCUGACCGGCCCUGCCGGGCCCGCGCGUCCCCUCCGGCCGCCGCUGUCUAUGGCGCAGCCCCCCUCCCUGGAUCAUGCACAGAAACUUUCGCAAGUGGAUUUUCUACGUGUUUCUCUGCUUUGGCGUCCUCUACGUGAAGCUCGGAGCACUGUCAUCCGUGGUGGCCCUGGGAGCCAACAUCAUCUGCAACAAGAUUCCUGGCCUCGCCCCGCGGCAGCGUGCCAUCUGCCAGAGCCGACCCGAUGCCAUCAUUGUGAUCGGGGAGGGGGCGCAGAUGGGCAUCAAUGAGUGCCAGUACCAGUUCCGCUUCGGACGCUGGAACUGCUCUGCCCUUGGCGAGAAGACCGUCUUCGGGCAAGAGCUCCGAGUAGGGAGCCGGGAGGCUGCCUUCACGUACGCCAUCACCGCGGCUGGCGUAGCACAUGCGGUCACCGCGGCUUGCAGCCAAGGCAACCUGAGCAACUGCGGCUGCGACCGUGAGAAGCAGGGCUACUACAACCAGGCGGAGGGCUGGAAGUGGGGCGGCUGCUCGGCCGACGUGCGCUACGGCAUCGACUUCUCCCGGCGCUUUGUGGACGCGCGGGAGAUCAAGAAGAAUGCGCGGCGCCUCAUGAACCUGCACAACAAUGAGGCUGGCAGGAAGGUUCUGGAGGACCGGAUGCAGCUGGAGUGCAAGUGUCACGGCGUGUCUGGCUCCUGCACCACCAAGACCUGCUGGACCACGCUGCCCAAAUUCCGCGAGGUGGGCCACCUGCUGAAGGAGAAGUACAACGCGGCUGUGCAGGUGGAGGUGGUGCGGGCCAGCCGCCUGCGACAGCCCACCUUCCUGCGCAUCAAGCAGCUGCGCAGCUACCAGAAGCCCAUGGAGACGGAGCUGGUGUACAUCGAGAAGUCGCCCAACUACUGCGAGGAGGACGCAGCCACAGGCAGCGUGGGCACACAGGGCCGCCUCUGCAACCGCACCUCACUGGGCGCGGACGGCUGUGACACCAUGUGCUGCGGCCGCGGCUACAACACCCACCAGUACACCAAGGUGUGGCAGUGCAACUGCAAAUUCCACUGGUGCUGCUUCGUCAAAUGCAACAGCUGCAGCGAGCGCACCGAGGUCUUCACCUGCAAGUGACGGCGCGCCCGGAGGCCCUGCGGGCAGCCCAGCCACCCCGCGGCAUUCCACACAUCCUUGCCUUCCCUGCCUUGGUGCUGCCAGCGGCAGGCAGGGGCGGGUGCAGAGCAGGGAGCUCCAGGUGCAGGAGGGCACCGGCCAGGGUCCACGUCCUCUGCCCGCCUCCCUGGGGCUCCCUCCUGCCACCUCCUCCCACCUCCUGUGGCAGAACAGCCCCCGCGACCCACCAAGAGAGCAAGGCCACGGGUCCCGGUGCUCCCCUGCCGGAGCCCAGCAAGUUCCCUUUCUUCUCUCUGGGAAAGUGAACCUCCAGGGCACACUGUAUCCCAGAGAGCAAAGUGACGACGAGACUGAGUGUCCCCUGCCCCACCUGGCGGCACAGACACAGAACAGCUACGCUGGCUGGCCCCUCCAGACCAUUUCCCAGGCCGGGUCUGCCACUGGGCCCGGGGGCAGUGGGGACAGAUGUUGACACAAAUUAUUUAUGUUUUCUUAGUAUCAGAAGAGGAUUCUCAGCACGAAUUUGUAGCCAGUCCUAACUCCGUGCUCCAUGUCAGCCCAUGCCCUCGCCACCCUGUUUUCUCUCCCGGCCCUGCCCGCCAGCCCUCUGCCCCUGCAGAGCUGAGGCAGCCUGGGGUUGGUGGGGACCACAAGGUGCCUGUGGGUCCUAGGAGUGACCUGGGCAGAGGCUCGGCGGACCACACAGCCCUGACCGGGCCUUGGAAGAGAGCCAUGGACAGGCCCUUCCAGGCCGUUUUCCCUUCUUUUGAAAAUCCUAUCGAUGGCCGGGAUCGCCUAUAAUCCCAGCACUUUGGGAGACUGAGGCAGGCAGAUCACCUGAGGUCAGGAGUUUCAGACCAGACUUGCCAACACGGUGAAACCCCGUCUCUACUAAAAAUACAAAAAUUAGCCGGGCAUGAUGGUGCAUGCCUGUAGUCCCAGCUACUCGGGAGGCUGAGGCAGGAGAAUUGCUUGAACCUGGGAGGUGGAGGUUGCAACAAGCCAAGAUCAUGCCAUUGCACUCCAGCCUGGGUGACAGAGCAAAACUCUGUCUCAAAAAAAAA